AUGUGGGGCGUGAGGGCCCAGGUGUUGUUUCGGCUAUGCGGGUUGCGGCCCGCAGGGGUCCCCGGAAGGAGAGUGUUAAGCUGCCAUGCUGCGUCGGAAGAGGGAAACGGUUCGGCGAGGUGUUGGAACUGCGGCAGCCCCGGGCGGGGGGACGGGUUCUUCUGCCACCAGUGCCGAGCGCUGCAGCCGCCGGACCCGACUAGAGACUACUUCAGCCUCAUGGAUUGCAACCGUUCCUUCAGAGUUAACACUACAAAACUCCAGCACAGGUUUCAGCAACUACAGCGUCUUGUCCACCCAGAUUUCUUCAGCCAGAGAUCUCAGACUGAAAAGGACUUCUCAGAGAAGCAUUCAACCCUGGUGAAUGAUGCCUAUAAGACCCUGCUGGCCCCCCUGAGCAGGGGACUAUACCUUCUAAAGCUUCAUGGGAUAGAGAUUCCUAAAGGGACAGAUUAUGAAAUGGAUAGUCAAUUCCUCAUGGAAAUAAUGGAAAUCAAUGAAAAACUUGCAGAAGCUCAAAGUGAAGCUGCCGUGAUAGAAAUUGAAUCCACUAUACAAGCUAAACAGAAAGAAUGUACUGACAACGUGAGCAGAGCUUUUGAACAAGAUAAACAGGCUGCUCCAAGGUAACAGAGUCAAGAUUUAAAAGGAGGUCUGUCUGCAAAGCCUGUGAUCUUAGGAAGAAUGAAACAACGAAGAUUAAGUACCAUCUGAGGAGUUAAGGAGUUCCUGCCAAGAGGUGCCAUUCAUCAGGGCGUGCACCACACCAUAGGCAGGUUUUGACCUAAGGUCCUAUCUCCAAAGCCUGUGCAGGCAGCUUCCCUAGGCCUCAGGAGGGGUCACUCCCUCUGUGGUAACUGUGGAAGAAGAGGAAUAGAAUCCAGACAAGCAAAGAGAAGCUGUCAUGGGCCCCCAAGACCACCCAGAGGUUUAAUGGUUUCCUGGAAGAAUUCAUAGGACCCAGUAUAUGUAGUCCUACUCACAUCUGUUUUGUUUUUUUUGUUGUUGUUGUUGUUGUUUUUUCCCUCCUGGCAAAGAGAAACAUUAUGCUUUCUGAGCCACCAAAGCAGUCAUGCCACCUAGUGCGUUGAAUGGCAAAUAACAAAUGGCUGCAGCCAACUUGGACCUAAGUUUCCUGAGCAAAAAAUUCCUUUGUUCUGCCACUUUGGAGAACAUGUUGGUUAUAUCAGAUGUCAUCGUGAAAAAAUAAAGACAUCAUCUUUUCCUUUCUAGGAAUCACUUCUGGAAAGCCAGGGAGACUCAGAAAUUAAUGGUGAACCUCAAGAGGGAUAAAGGGGCCAGGCAGGAAACACACUAUGACAGUGCUGGAGGUGGACCUGAAAGGAGAGGGCACAGUCUUUGAGGAAUUGGAGAGAAUGUGCCAUCUCCAAACUGGGAACAACAGGGAAAGAAAGACAUUGAUUCAGCUCUGGUAACUGCUUCUAUGUCAAGGUUCUGACACCAUGUCAAUGAUCUCUUGAUCAUUUUUUAAAAAGCUGGAAUUAGGAUCUUUUGGAGGAGGAGUGGCUACCAGAGAUUGAACUCAGGGGUACUUGACCAAUGAGCUAUAUCCCCAGCCCUAUUUUGUAUUUUACUUAGGGACAGGGUCUCACUGAGUUUUUAGUGCCUCGCUUUUGCUGAGGCUGGCUUUGAAAUCAUGAUCCUCCUGCCUCAGCCUCCCAAGCUGAGGCAUUCACCACCAAGCCCAGCUAGAAUUGGGAUUUUUAACAGGAAAUUUCCCUGGGGCUCCCAGAUCACAUGAAAACACUAAGCAAGAAACAGGUAAGUCAGCUAUGGAAGGGGAAGAAGCAAGAUAGCAGACCCAAAAAGAUCUACAAAGAAACUACUAGAGCUAAUAAAUGAAUUCAGCAAAGUGGCAGGAUAUAAAAUCAACACGCAUAAAUCAAAGGCAUUCCUGUAUAUCAGCGAUAAAUCUGAAAUGGAAAUGAGGAAAACCACCCCAUUCACAAUAUCCUCAAAAAAAUAAAAUACUUGGGAAUCAACCUAACAAAAGAGGUGAAAGAUUUAUACAAUGAAAACUACAGAACCCUUGGGGCUGGGGAUGUGGCUCAAGUGGUAGCGUGCUCGCCUGGCAUGCGUGCGGCCCGGGUUCGAUCCUCAGCACCACAUACAAACAAAGAUGUUGUGUCCG